GUCGUUCUUUUACCGUGUAGGCCUGUUACCUUUAGAGUUUCAAUCCUCCCUUGGUUUCUUUUCCUCUUUCUAGUUCUCGUCUUCUGUUGGCCCCGUUUUGCUUUCUUUGGGUCCUUUGGCUUUGGAUAGACUCUUCAGUAUCACUCCCUGUUCGUAUGCACUUCCUGAUGUGUCGGGGAAGUAUAUUACCGGACGGUCGUUUCUUCCCUUAAUGUCGUUGUUCUCUCUGUAAAUGAAAGGUAGAAAUUGGAAAAGGGUCACUGAAAGGUCUCCUGCUUCCGGUACAUCCGAUGGCAACGUCUCUAACUUCUUCUUUCAGUCUCUAAUUUCCGAAUUUCAAUCUCAGCAGGGGCCGUCAUUCCCCGUCAUGAAAAGUUUGUAUUACCUACUGGUUCACUGUUCGUUAGGGGAACCAAUUAGUUGGGUUAAUUGUAAAGCUGGUUCGAAUUCCUUGAAAUUGAAGUUCAAUGGAAAUGAUAUCAAAGCGGAUUUUAAAGAUAUAUGUCAUCUCUCCAAUCUUUUGUUCAGAGAACUUGACACAAGAUUCAAAGAGUUCUUCUCUGCUUUACACAGUGUUUCUGCUAGUUGUCCUCAUGAACAAUCUAUCUCGAACCCACACUUUCAGUCCUCUAUUGAAGAAUUAACCGUGCUGCUAAGAUGUUGUGUGGUUAUCUUGUUAUUUCUUACCUCUGACCAAGAACUCGUUGUACACAAGGCCGGAGUUCUUCUCUCAAUUCUUAGCAGAUUGUUUUUCUUGGAGCAGAGUGAAGGAUAUGCGAAAAAUUCUUCUAUUGUUGCUGAGUCGGUUUCCCAUGGAUAUGGAGAUAUUAAGGAUGAUUGUGACACUUGCGUUUCCAAGGACUCUAUCUCUUCCAUAAGUUCUAUGAAGCCUGCUGAUUUUUGCCGAAAGCUUCUCUAUCCAGUGCUUGAGGUAUUUGCAGAUGAGCUUUUGGUGAAUAAAGAAGUGAGACAGUUCAUUUUGCUAACUGAUUCUGUGUCUACCAGAAGUGAAAGGUUAUUUAAUUGUCACUUUGGUCAUGGUGAUGUUGGAAGUGUGCUGGAGGUGAUUUCUGUUCACUUUAUCAUAUCUUUUUCUGAUGAGCAAUCAUUUGAAAAAUUUGUCAGCAGAUUAUAUUGGCACGAAAAUGAGUUAAGAGCUACUCAAAUGAGCCUGUCUGCUGGCUUAUCAUUGCUACUAAACCCUGUCAUGUUUUCUGCUCCAAAAGUAUUUCAAGCUCACUUCAUUUUAUUGGUUUCCGAUGCCACUCACAUCAGCAUGUCUUCUGAGAAUAAAGGUGUAGAUCCUGUGCUAAUAGAUUUUUACCUCACAGCAUUUGAAAUGUCUGUCAUCUUGUACACAAGAUACAUGUGCAAUUUGCAAAAUGGCUAUCCUAUAA